UGAGCAUACAGGAUGGAGAAGUGAAGACAGGUGCAACUUCAAGAUGAAUGGACUUGUGGUUAUCAAUGCAGCUCUAUUUGUCCUCACUGCAAUCAGUGCUGCAGGCGGUUCGUGGUGUUACCAUGAUCCUAGCUGUGAUGACACCACUUGGUCCACCAUUGCCUCAGAACAUUGCAAUGGAUCCCGUCAGUCUCCCAUCAACAUUGUCUCUGCAUCAGCAGUGGGCGAUGAAACCCUGACUGCCUUCACCUUCACCAAAUACGGAGACAAUUAUACAAUGAACAAGAUCAAGAACACUGGCAAAACUGUCAAAGUCAGGCUGACAAGUGGAGUCCAGAUUGCAGGCGGGGCCUUGUCUGAGGCCUAUGACAGCCUGCACUUUCACCUCCACUGGGGGAAUGGUACCUCUGUACCUGGGUCGGAGCACGCAGUGGAUGGAACCCGCUACCCCAUGGAGUUGCACAUAGUAAAUGCAAAGUCUUCGCACAACGGUAACACGACCAUGGCCGUUGCAGACAGCACGGGACUCGCUGCUCUUGGCUUCUUCAUAGAGCCCGUACCAGGCAAUGUGACUGGUUCACCAGCAGCCUGGAAUACUCUGACAUCCUACUUGGCCAACAUCACACUAAAAGAUGAUAUUGUGAACAUUACUCAUGCUAUUUCAUUGGAUGAGCUCCUGGAAGGGGUGGACCGUACCAAAUACUACCGUUACAAUGGAUCACUGACUACUCCAAAUUGCAACGAGGCUGUGGUUUGGACCGUGUUCAAGGACCCUAUCAAAGUCAGCCAGGACUUGAUUGAUCUAUUCAGCACAACAUUGCACAUUGACCACAACUCCACCUCUGACUUGAUGACCAACGUCUUCAGAAACAAAAAGCCUGUCAACGGCCGGGUGGUGACAACCCAGGGCAGCUCAUCCACAGCCCUGCCACCGUCGGGAGCCUCCACAACGAACUCCUCUCUGGGCCUCAUGGCCCUGGCCUGGAUGCUGCUGAUGGUUUAGUGUCUGAGUAACGCCUUACCUGAAGUGCAUUGCCAUGUCUCCCUUAACCCUCAAGCAACCAACGUAUUUUACAUGCGCCAAUUACCAACUUGGGUCAAAUUUACCCAAAGGAGAAACUGCUGGAAAAAGCAACAAUCAUAGAAAAAUACAAUCUUAUUAAAACAUGAUUAUUUAGACAUGUAAUUCAUGUUGUCUGAAAUAAAUAGUACUUAUUUUAGCUAGAUUUCAUAAAAGAAAAUAUAAAAUGUUCCUGUAUAUAAAGUGCUGUAUGUUUCCAAAGUACAAUCCAUAUUAUUUCCAUGGAAGUACAAGGCUAAUUUAACAUAAUUUGAUAAAAGUAUAAUUUACUUUUCAGAAUGUAAGUAAAUAUUAAUGUUUUCAUAUUUAUCUGGUAAAACAACUACCAAUUAAAAGGGUAGUACACAAAUUCUAAAUAUACUUAAUUUUAUUGACACAAAGUCAUUAAAUUCACUUCAAAAAGUGAUCCUGAGAGACGUUGACUUAAGAGAUUGCUUAGUUUUCUUUAUUUACUUACUCCACAGCCAGCACCAGCAUCACUGUUGGUGAAACAAUGGGUGUGGUGGGUGCUAUGGCAGCAUUUUUCAGAAAGCACCCUCAAAUCCUCUGUCAGUUCAAACCAAAUAAUAGCAUAGCAUCCACAAUGCCAAAAUAUGUUGCACAUAUACAAUAUUGUAGGAUAUUAUAAGAAUUCUGGUAUUUCUAUAACAUUUUCAGUAGAAAUGUACUUUUUCUGAGAAUCCACACCAAUGCAAACUAUGUAUCCAUUCAGAGGGUAGCUGGUUUGUGUAUUACAGUUCUAAGUAUUCAUAACAUUGACAGACAUUUAUGAGCUGGUUUGACUGCAACUAAGCAUACAGUGGGGCAAAAAAAGUAUUUAGUCAGCCACCAAUUGUGCAAGUUCUCCCACUUAAAGAUGAGAGAGGCCUGUAAUUUUCAUCAUAGGUACACUUCAACUAUGACAGACAAAAUGAAAAAAAGAAAAUCACAUUUUAGGAUUUUUGAAUGAAUUUAUUUGCAAAUUAUGGUGGAAAAUAAGUAUUUGGUCAAUAACAAAAGUUUAUCUCAAUACUUUUUUAUAUACCCUUUGUUGGCAAUGACAGAGGUGAAACGUUUUCUGUAAGUCUUCACAAGGUUCUCACACACUGUUGCUGGUAUUUUGGCCCAUUCCUCCAUGCAGAUCUCCUCUAGAGCAGUGAUGUUUUGGGGCUGUUGCUGGGCAACAUGGACUUUCAACUCCCUCCAAAGAUUUUCUAUGGGGUUGAGAUCUGGAGAAUGGCUAGGCCACUCCAGGACCAUGAUAUGCUUCUUACGAAGCCAUUCCUUCGUUGCCCUGGCGGUGUGUUUGGGAUCAUUGUCAUGCUGAAAGACCCAGCACGUUUCAUCUUCAAUGCCCUUGCUGAUGGAAGGAGGUUUUCACUCAAAAUCUCACGAUGCAUGGCCCCAUUCAUUCUUUCCUUUACACGGAUCAGUCGUCCUGGUCCCUUUGCAGAAAAACAGCCCCAAAGCAUGAUGUUUCCACCCCCAUGCUUCACAGCAGGUUCUUUGAAUGCAACUUAACUCAUCGUGUUUGGAGGACAAAGAAUGCUGAGUUUUUACCAAAAAGUUAUAUUUUGGUUUCAUUUGACCAUAUGACAUUGUCCCAAUCUUCUUCUGGAUCAUCCAAAUGCUCUCUAGCAAACUUCAGACGGGCCUGGACAUGUACUGCCUUAAGCAGGGGGACACGUCUGGCACUGCAGGAUUUGAGUCCCUGGCGGCGUAGUGUGUUACUGAUGGUAGGCUUUGUUACUUUGGUCCCAGCUCGCUGCAGGUCAUUCCCUAGGUCCCCCCGUGUGGUUCUGGGAUUUUUGCUCACCGUUCUUGUGAUCAGUUUGACCCCACGGGGUGAGAUCUUGCGUGGAGCCCCAGAUCGAGGGAGAUUAUCAGUGGUCUUGUAUGUCUUCCAUUUCCUAAUAAUUGCUCCCACAGUUGAUUUCUUCAAACCAAGCUGCUUACCUAUUGCAGAUUCAGUCUUCCCAGCCUGGUGCAGGUCUACAAAUUUAUUUCUGGUGUCCUUUGACAGCUCUUUGGUCUUGGCCAUAGUGGAGUUUGGAGUGUCACUGUUUGAGGUUGUGGAUAGGUGUCUUUUAUACGGGUAACAAGUUCAAACAGGUGCCAUUAAUACAGGUAAUGAGUGGAGGACAGAAGAGCCUCUUAUAGAAUAAGUUACACGUCUGUGAGAGCCAGAAGUUUUGCUUGUUUGUAGGUGACCAAAUACUUAUUUUCCACCAUAAUGGAUUUUUUUAAAAUCAUUUUGUCUGUCAUAGUUGAAGUGUAACCUAUGAUGACAAUUACAGGCCUCUCAUCUUUUUAAGUGAGAGAACAUGCACAAUUAGUGGCUAACUAAAUACUUUUUUGCCCCAUUGUAUAUCUAAGGUCGUGUUGAUUUUGUACACGGUCUUACCUAGUUAUAACCAUAGGUCAGUACAUAAGGUGCUCCUUCUCUGCAGUUGAUCUGUUUAUCUGGUCAAAAUCACUGAUACAGUUCUACCUCCAUCUGAUGAUCUGUAUAACUUAUUGUUAUGUAACCAGAGAAACUUGGAUUCAAAUAAAGACGCAUGUCCCCUAGAAUAGCUACUUUUCGGAGUAUACACACUAAUGCUCUGAAUCUACAAAGAGAGCUGUAUAUCGGAGUUCUGUAUUGCGUUUCUAUCAAAUCGUUAUUGGGAGAUGUUUAUACAGUGGGGAGAACACAUGCAAAUUAAUUACUUAAAAAUCAUACAAUGUGAUUUUCUGGAUGUUUGUUAUAGAUUCCGUCUCUCACAGCUGAAGUGUACCUAUGAUAAAAAUGACAGACCUCUACAUGCUUUGUAAGUAGGAAAACCUGCAAAAUCGGCAGUGUAUCAAAUACUUGUUCUCCCCACUGUAUAUACAAAACAAGAUAAUGUUGGUUUUGUACUUACGAUGCGUGGUAUAUAAUAGUACAAUUUUAGGUAAUUACAUGGGGAGCUACAGUACAUUCAGAAAGUAUUCAGACCCAUUCGGUUUUUCCACAUUUUGUUAUGUUACAACCCUUAUUCUAAAAUUUAUUAAAUUGUUAAUUUUCCUCAUCGAUCUACACACUACCCCAUAAUGACAAAGCAAAAACAGGUUUGUAGGCAUUUUACCAAAUUGAUAAAAAUACAAAUUAAAAUAUAACAUUUGCAUAAGUAUUCAGACCCUUUAUUCAGUAAUUUGUGGAAACACUUUUGGCUGAAAUUAAAGCCUUGGGAUUUCUUGGGUAUGAUGCGACAAGCUUGGCAAAACUGUAUUUGGGGAGAUUCUCCCUUCUCUGCAGAUCCUCUCAAGUUCUGUCAUGUUGGGUGGGGCGCAUCGCUGCACUUCCUGCACUGCCGUUCAAACGUUUGGGCUCGCUUAGAAAUGUCCUUGUUUUUUAAAUUACAUUUUAAAAAUUGUCAAUUUUUACAAUAACAUCAAAUUGAUCAGAAAUACAGUGUAGACAUUUUUAAUGUUGUAAAUGAUUAUUGUAGUUGUAAAUUAUUAUUGUAGCUGGAAACGGCUGAUUUUGAAUGGAAUAUCUACAGUUGAAGCCUGAGGUUUACAUACACCGCAGCCAAUUACAUUUAAACUCAGUUUUUCCUGACAAUUCCUGACCUAUCUUAGGUCAGUUAGGAUCACCACUUCAUUUUAAGAAUGCGAAAGGUCAGAAUAACGGUAGACAGAAUGAUUUAUUUCAGCUUUUAUUUAUUUCAUCACAUUCCCAGUGGGUCAGAAGUUCACACAGACUCAAUUACUAUUUGGUAGCAUUGCCUUUAAAUUGUUUAACUUGGGUCAAACGUUUCGGCUAGCCUUCCACAAGCUUCCCACAAUACGUUGGGUGAAUUUUGGCCCAUUCCUCCUGUCAGAGCUGGUGUGACUGAGUCAGGUUUGUAGGCCUCCUUGCUCACACACACUUUUUCAGUUCUGCCUACAAGUUUUCCAUAGGACUGAGGUCAGGGCUUUGUGAUGGCCACUCCCAAUACCUUGACUUUGUUGUCCUUAAGCCAUUUUGCCACAACUUAGUAAGUAUGCUUGGGGUCAUUCUCCAUUUGGAAGACCCAUUUGCGACCAGGCUUUAACUUCCUGACUAAUGUCUUGAGAUGUUGCUUCAAUAUAUCCACAUAAUUUUCCUACCUCAUUGUUAGGAGUGUGUAUUGGAGGCGAAGACAGGUGCAGGAGAGCAGAAUGUAGUGAACAGGUGCACUUUUUAAUUCCGGUCAAAAUGACAGUACAAAAUACAAAAUAAUAAAUGUGCACAAAACAUGGAACAUAGCCAAAAAGUAAUGCACGUAUCAAAAUACACGUAACACAAAUGAUCCUACACAAAGACAUGAUGGGGAACAGAGGAAUACAUUCAUAUGAAUUGAUUGGGGAACCAGGUGUGCAGAGAACAAGACAAACCAAAUGGAUACCUGAAAAAUGGAGCGGCUAUGGCUAGAAAGCCGGUGAUGUCGACCGCUGAAUGCUGCCCGAACAAGGAGAGGAGCCGACUUUGGGGGAAGUCGAGACACUCAUGAUGCCCCACAACAUGAUGCUGCCACCCCCGUGCUUCACAGUUGGGAUGGUGUUCUUGCAAGCCUCCCCCUUUUCCUCCAAACAUAACAAUGGUCAUUAUGACCAAACAGUUCUAUUUUUGUUUCAUCAGACCAGAGGACAUUUCUCCAGAAAGUGCAAUCUUUGUCCCCAUUUGCAGUUGCAAACCGUAAGUCUGGCUUUUUGCUCCCAAGGAUGAACCAGACUUGUGGAGGUCUCAAUUUUUUUUGUGAGGUCUUGGCUGAUUUCAUUUGAUUUUUCCAUGAUGUCAAGCAAAGAGGCACUGAGUUUGAAGGUAGGCCUGGAAAUACAUCCACAGGUACACCUCCAAUUAACUGAUGUCAAUUAGCCUAUCAGAAGCUUAUAAAGCCAUUUUCCAAGCUGUUUAAAGGCACAGUCAACUUAGUGCAUGUAAACCUCUGACCCACUGGAAUUGUGAUACAGUGAAAUAAUCUGUCUGUAAACAAUUGUUGGAAAAAUGACGUGUCAUGCACAAAGUAGAUGCCCUAACCCACUUGCCAAAACUAUAGUUUGUUAACAAGAUAUAUGUGGAGUGGUUGAAAAACGAGUUUUGAUGACUCCAAUGUAAGUGAAGCGGCAACUCUGGGAUGUUGGCCUUCUAGGCAGAGUUCCUCUAUCCAGGGUCUGUUAUUUUGCCCAUCUUAAUCUUUUAUUUUUAUUGGCCAGUCUGAGAUAUGGCUUUUUCUUUGCAACUCUGCCUAGAAGGCCAACAUCCCAGAGUCGCCAUUUCACUGUUGACGUUGAGACUGGUGGUUGCGGGUACUAUUUAAUGAAGCUGCCAGUUGAGGACUUGUGAGGCAUCUGUUUCUCAAACUAGACACAAUAAUGUACUUGUCCUCUUGCUCAGUUGUGCACUGGGGCCUCCAACUCCUCUUUCUAUUCUGGUUAGAGCCAGUUUGCGCUGUUCUGUGAAGGGAGUAGUACACAGCGCUGUAUCAGAUCAUCAGUUUUUUUACAAUUUCUCGCAUGGAAUAGCUUUCAUUUCUCAGAUCAAAUGUAGACUGAGGAGUUUCAGAAGAAAGUUCUUUGUUUCUGGCUAUUUUGAGACUGCAAUUGAACCCACAAACGCUGAUGCUCCAGACACUCAAGCAGUCUAAAGAAGGCCAGUUUUAUUGCUUAUUCAUUCAGAACAACAGUUUUCAGCUGUGCUAACAUAAUUGCAAAAAGGGUUUUCCAAUGAUCAAUUAGCCUUUUAAAAUGAAAAACUUGGAUUAGCUAACACAUCGUGCCAUUGGAACACAGGAGUGAUGGUUGCUGAUAAUGGGCCUCUGUACGCCUGUGUAGAUAUUCCAUAAGAAAUCUGCUGUUUCCAGCUACAAUAGUCAUUUACAACAUUAACAAUGUCUACACUGUAUUUCUGAUCAAUUUUAUGUUAUUUUAAUGCACAAUGUUUUUGCUUUUCUUUCAAAAUCAAGGGCGUUUCUCAGUGACCCCAAACUUUUGAACGGUGGUGUAUUUUAAGGUCUUUCCAGACAUGUUUGAUCAGGUUCAAGUCCAGACUCUGCCUGGGCCACUCAAAGACAUUCAGAAACUUGUCACAGGCCACUCCUGCAUUGUCUUUGCUGUGUCUGUGUCCUGUUGGAAGAUUACCCUUCGCCCCAGUCUGAGGUCCUGAGCACUAUGGAGCUGGUUUUCAUCAAUGAUCUCUCUAUACUUUUCUCCGUUCAUCUAUCCCUCAAUCCUGACUAGUCUCCCUGUCCCUGCUGCUGAAAAUCAUACCCAUUGCAUUAUGCUGCCACCAUCAUGCUUCACCAUAGGGAUGGUACAUGUUUCCUCCAGAUGUGACGCUUGACGUACAGGCCAAAGUGUUCAAUCUUGGUUUCAUCAGACCCGAGAAUCUUGUUUAUCAUGGUCUGAUGCCUUCUGCCAAACUCCAAGUGGGCUUUCAAUUGCCUUUUACUGAGGAGUAACAUCUGUCAGUCCACUCUACCAUAAAGGCUUGAUUGAUAGAGUGCUGCAGAUUUGUGAGAAUGACCAUUGGGUUCUUGGUCACCUCCCUGACCAAGACCCUUCUCCCUCGAUUGCUCAGUUUGGCUGGGCGGCCAGCUCUUGGAAGAGUCUUGAUGGUUCCAUACUCCUUCCAUUUAAGAAUUAUGGAGGCCACUAUGAUCUUGGGAACCUUCAAUGCUGUAGACAUUUUUUGGUACCCUUCCCGAGAUCCGUAACUUGACACAAUUCUGUCUUUGAGCUCUAAGGACAAUUCCUUCGACCUCAUGGCUUGGUUUUUGCUCAAAAAUGCACUGUCAACUGUUGGACCUUAUAUAGACAGGUGUGUGCCGUUCCAAAUAAUUUCCUAUUCAUUUAAUUUACCACAGGUGGACUCCAAUCAAGUUGUAGAAACAUGUCAAGGAUGAUCAAUGGAAACAGGAUUUAUCUGAGCUCAAUUUCGAGUCUCAUAGCAAAGGGUCUGAAUACUUAUGUAAAUAAGGUAUUUCUGUAUUUAAAUGUUUCUUUAUUAGCACAAAUGUAUAAAAAACAGUUUUCGCUUUGUCAUUAUGGGGUAUUGUGUGUAGAUUGAGGAAUUAAUUUGAUAUUUUUUUUGUAAAAGGCUGUAACGUAACAAUGUGGAAAAUAAUCAAGGGGUCUGAAUAUUUCCCGAAUGCACUGUAUAUCUGUGAAUUCUUACUGAUACAUGUCGCCCUUCACCCUCUGGUGCAAUGGAUAACUUGUAAUUAAAGUUUUUCUCCAGAAAGA